AUAUGGAUGAGUGUGAGGACCAUGAUGUUCGGUGCCUGGGGGGAGAGUGCAGGAACACCCUGGGCUCCUACGAGUGCCACUGCCAGGCUGGUUUUGAGCUCGUCAACGGCACCAUGUGCGAAGAUGUGAACGAGUGCCUGAACAGUGAGAUCUGCAGCCCCAAUGGCGAGUGUCUUAACAGUCACGGAUCCUACUUCUGCAUUUGUGCUCCUGGCUUCUCGAAUGCGGAUGGCGGAGUCAGCUGCCAAGAUGUGGAUGAAUGCACAGACAAGUCCCGGUGCUCUCAAGGCCAGUGCCUGAACACAGAAGGCUCCUACAGGUGUCUGUGUGAAAAUGGGUUCAAGCACUCCCAGGAGACUGAUGACUGCGUGGAUGUGGAUGAGUGUAAAGAAUAUGGGGAUGCCAUCUGUGGCACGUGGAGGUGCCAGAACAGCCUGGGCUCCUACCGUUGUAUCAUGGGCUGCCAGCCUGGCUUCCACUGGACCCCCUUGGGUGACUGCAUCGACAUAGAUGAGUGCGCCAACGAAACGCUGUGCGGGAGCCAUGGCUUCUGCGAGAACUCAGAUGGCUCCUUCCGCUGCCUGUGUGACCGUGGCUAUGAGAGCUCGCCCUCUGGGCACUACUGUGUUGAUGUGAAUGAGUGUGAGCUGAUGGUCGCUGUAUGCGGGACUGCGCUUUGUGAGAACGUGGAGGGAUCCUUCCUGUGCCUCUGCCCCAGUGACCAUGAGGAGUACAACACAGAGGCAGGGCAGUGCCAGCCCCGAGCAGCCAUGGAGGGCCCUGAGACACACGCAGCCCACCUCUCUGACAGCGCAGAGCGCAAGCAGUGCUACUACCACAUCAGCGAUGUUCGCCUGUGUGACAGUGUCCUGGCCAAGAACAUCACCAAGGAGGAGUGCUGCUGUACUGUGGGGGCAGCCUGGGGUGACAACUGUGAGACUUACCCCUGCCCCAUUCCAGGCACAGUGGAGUACCAAGAGAUCUGCCCUCUUGGGAAGGGCUAUAUUCCCCAAGAAGAUCUGCUCUCAGGAAAAGUCUCUUUCACAGACAUGGACGAGUGUGAGGUAUUUGGCUCUGAGUUCUGCCGCAACGGACAGUGUUUGAACACGGUGCCAGGCUACAAGUGCUUCUGCCGUACAGGCUACUUCUAUGACUCCAGCAGGCUUGAGUGUGUUGACCAGGACGAGUGUCAGAACGAAGUGUACUGCAUCAACGGCGAGUGUCUGAACACGGACGGGUCCUACCACUGCUUCUGCAGCCUCCCUCUCGUGCUGGACGCCACCGGCAACCGGUGUGUGAACCUCUCCAGCAGGGCAGACGCCUUAGAGGAGUACGAAAUCCACCUGGAUGUCUGCUGGCAGACCGUCGCCGACUACAUCUGCCAGGACCUGCUGCAUGGCGAGCGGACCACGUACACCGAGUGCUGCUGCCGGCUUGGUGAAGCCUGGGGUCAGAACUGUGCGCUCUGCCCGCACAGGUCCUCUGCGGAUUUUGCUUUCCUGUGUAAUGGGGCCAGUGAAGACAGUGAGAGAGGGGCUGAGCUCCGAGAAGGACCUAGGUAUGAGUAUGCACCAGGCUUGGAAGACCCCCACUAUGGCCUUCCCAGCCCUGAUACGGGCCCCUACUACAACUACCUGGAGUCUGAGUAUGGAAACCCUGAUGCUGGUUUCCCUCGGAGGGACCACAACAGCGAGUUUCGUGGCAGCCCUCUCCACCACGGUCCAGGGUGGUCCCCACCCCGCUACCGGCCCAGCCAAACUGGCCUCUACGAGGGCUUUGAGGGGCUGCAGGCCGAGGAGUGCGGGAUCCUCAACGGCUGCGAGAACGGGCGCUGCGUCCGCGUCCCGGAGGGCUACACCUGCGACUGCUUCGACGGCUUCCAGCUGGACAUGACCCGCAUGGCCUGCGUGGACAUCAACGAGUGCGAGGAGGUGGGCAGCCCUGAGCCCCUGUGCCAGGGUGGCACCUGUGAGAACACGGAGGGCUCCUACCGCUGCCACUGCUCGCCAGGCUACAUGGCCCUGGCCCAGCCCCACCACUGCGUGCCCCAGACAGCCCAGAGCCCAGCGGCAGUGUAG